AUGUCUUCUGUAGACGAUGUUGCCGCCUCGUUUCCGGACUGUUCAUUUGAUUGGACCGCACGAGUCCACUUGGCUGGUAUCCACUUGGGUCCUGUCGACGGGCUGCUCCUGGUGUCCUGCUCCUGUCCGCUGAGCUUCGUGGCAGCACCAAUUCGGUCCCUGUUCGGGCGCCAGAUGCGGGGCAGGAGGGACGUGCCUGCUGUGACUGACCAGGAGGUGCUAUGGCAGGACCUGGAGGAGCUGGUGGAGAAGGAGCAGCUGAGCUGCUGCGGCUCCCCCAGUUACCCCCAGAGCAUCAGUCGCCCCGAGAACCUGACAGCCACGCUCCUGACUCGAGAUGGAGGAGCCUCUAAGCAGCUCCCAGUGUGCUCGUCACGGGCAGUGCACAUGAGCAACAGCAGCUUUCUUCUGGGCCUCAGCAUCCUCAUCCUGGCUGCUGGGGCCAUCCUGCUUGCCAUCAGUACUUGCCAGUGGGGUCGCUUGUGGCCAUGGGGCCCACUUUGCCCCAGCACUGGUGGUGGCUGUCCCCAGGAAGGUGACUGUGCCACACUGCUCUUCCCACAGGGUGAUGGCCAGGGCAAGCAACGGUGGAUAUGGAGGAGGCGAUUUCGUGCAGCAGAGCCAUGUAACGCUGUGUCCCCCCUGUGUGGGCCCUGGCGCUGCAGGCCUGGCUGCACUGACUGCAUCAAGGCUGCGCAGGAGCUGCAGGAGCUGGUGCUGUCAGCGUGGGCUGGGAGAGGAGCUGCAGCCGCUCUGGAUGCUGGCACAUGGCAGGUGCUAUGGCAGGACCUGGAGGAGCUGGUGGAGAAGGAGCAGCUGAGCUGCUGCGGCUCCCCCAGUUACCCCAAGAGCAUCAGUCGCCCCGAGAACCUGACAGCCACACACUUGACUCGAGAUGGAGGAGCCCCUAUGGAGGAGAGGUCUGUUUGCUUCCUCGACCACACGUGUCCUGGCAGAGUCUCUUCAGCCCUAAAGACACACGUGGCUCGGAAAGCCCUGGAGAUACGGAUGGGGGCCCCGCCAAUGCCGGUGCAGCAGUCCCAGGAGCAAGCAGCACAGCAGCAGGGCUGCCUCCGUGUCCUGCCCAAGCUCAUCCUGCCAGGACAGAGCCAGCCCUUGCUGAGGCACGACCUGUGCCCUGCGAUGCAGGCCAAGGCAAACGCUACUAUGGACAAAAACGAAGAGAAGGAAGUGAGGAGGCCAAGGGGGGACCCAAAUGCCACCAAGGAGUCCCUGGCACUGCAGAUGCUGUGCCCUCCACCACUGCUUGGAUUCUUGGUCCCAAAGCUGCCAAAGGAGAGAAGAGCUGGGGAGCCCAUGGCCCCGGGCAAUGCCAGUGCAGUGGGACAGCACAAAGCAGGACAGCAGGAGCCACAGAGCCCACAUGGAUCUGAGGAGAAACCAGCCAUCCAAGCACCAGAGGAGGAUACACUGAGGAAGAGCCUCCUUCACUUGGGUAGGGGUUUGUCACCGUGGGACAAGGAGUACCUGUCGCCUUUUGAUUUAGCCACGGCCCCACCUCCCCUUCCCAGCCUGGAUAACCGAGCAGCAGGACCAGAAGCAGGAGCAGCUUCCAUGCUCCUGAAGAAAGAUGCUGCCUGUCAGAUGAACAUCCCCACACAAGGCACUGGCCAGGCCCAUGCUGAGGACAGGACCUCGGCCUGUGCCACAGCGUCUAGCAGGAAAUCAACACUGCAGCUGAACCAGGAGGUCCACAGCAAGCUCUUGAUACACACAGCAAGAAAAUGCCCGGAGAUAAAACUCCAAACGCUCCCCAAGGCAGCGCAGAAGUCCACGGGCAUGUUGCGGUGCUCACAGCCCAGACGGAGGCAGGCUGGGGCUGGGAAUCUGCUGCCAAACAAGUGCUCUGCACACGUGGCAAAAGCAAAGCAGCUCAGGCAGAAGGAAUGGGUCCUGCAGGAGCAGGUUCAGGCAUCCCUCACCUGCACUGUGCUCCCCAUGACACCGUGCUCCUGCCUGUAUUGCGUCUCCUCCUGCAGCCCCGUUCCAGGGGAGGAGAGCAGCCAGGCAUUCCUGGAGGCCAGGACCCUGCCCAGGACAUCCUGCAGCUCUGGGAAUGAGAUGGGCACAGACACCAAGGAUGCGCCAAGGACACCCUGUGGGAUGGUGAAGGACUCGCCAGGGCCAGCAUCCACCCUUGUGUCCCCAGGUCUUGUCCAAACGUUUCCUGCUGUGGACACCAAGCCAGAGAAGGCACAGGGAGCACACAUGUGCUCAACCCAUGAAGGCUUCAUGGUACGUGCUCCAGGAGCCCCACAGAGCCAUUGUUGCUGCUGCAAGAAACAAGCUAGGCCUGCUGAUGGCAGCUUCCCAAGUGGGAUAGACCCUCUGAAAAGCACCACCAGCGGGGAAGGGAAUGCAGCAUCCCUAGGCUGUGGGACAUGGUCCCAGGGCACCUCCUGGAGCACAGAGAGGCAAAGCAGAUGGACUCCUGAUGGCCUCUCACAGGGAAGACCACUCGUGAUGGCUCGAAGCCCAAACCCCUGCUACCUAGAGGGGAUCCCCAGCCAGCACAGCCCAUCCUCGCAGCAGCACUGCGGUUCCCCUGUCACCAGGAACAUGAGUUCUUGCCAACCAUGCCCAGCCCCGGAUGCCCAGGACACUGCAGCAGCAUCGACCAGGAAUACCCUGCGUGCGGUGCUGGAGAGGAUUCGGCAGCGGCGAAGGAAGGUCUCCUGA